AUGCCGAACCAAAUAGAGGCGGUUUCUCAGGGAGUCGAGCUACCGAUUGCUGUCGUCAUCGGAGGAUUUUUCGCCAUAGCAUGUUAUAAUUGUAUUGAGAUAUACAUAUUGACAUUUGGGACGUUUCGGCGCAAAAAUACCCUUUAUGUAUGGAGCAUGAUGGCGGCGAAUACUGGGAUUAUACUUCAUGAAAUAUCUGCCACUUUACGACUUUUCAAAUUGACGCCAAAUUUACCGAUGGUUGUGACCGCGUCUCUGGGCUGGUGGAUGAUGACAACUGGACAGUCAGUUGUCCUAUACUCUCGGCUUUAUCUAGUCAUGAACGACACUCGCAAGAUACGAUGGGUUUUAAUUAUGAUCACUACCACAUUCCUUACCUUGCAACUCCCGACGACGGUUACGUUCAUCGGCGUAAAUGCUACGCCGAAUAAUUAUCCGGAUAGGUUCACUGGACCAUUCGACAUAUUUAAGAUUAUCCAGCUUGCGGCAUUUACAGUCCAGGAAACCUUUCUCUCUGGUCUAUAUGUUUAUGCUUUCAGGAAGACAUCAGAACCCAUGCGUGCUAUAAGAGGGAAUAAAAUUCGAAAUAUGCUGCGACAGAUGAUUGCACUAUUCCUCCUGGUCUUCGCGUUGGAUACAAUACUUAUGGUCACCGAGUACACCGGGCACUUCCAAAUUCAGACUACCCUAAAACCGGCAGUUUAUAGCAUCAAGUUGAAGGUCGAGCUGUUUGUAUUGAACAAUCUGGUAAACUUGGUACGAUCGCCAACAUCGAGCCUUUGGAGCUCACCUAUAAAUCCAAUUCCGUCACAGCAGGAUCAAAAGGAUCGAUCAUCAGCCAGGCAGGCUGCCACAUUUAUGGGUGCACUUCAAAAUGGCCCUUCCCGUAGCAGGGAGGUGUCAAUAGAUUUAAGGGAACAUAGUUCACGAAAUCUCGAUGGAACGAGUCUAAGUCCACCUAUAACAAUAAUUAGAAGUAGGACUGGAUGA